AAACACGUCGUUGCGUGCCGUCAACGCCGCUGCCCGCUUGUCUCCGGCCCAACGACAUGUCCUCCGAGACUUCAGCCGCUUGUAACACGUUGCCCGCAAGUCCUUCAGCGGGUCCGGGCACUUGAAAAUCCCCUUAAAAGUUCCCAAGUCCUGGUUUUCCGGACACCCCGCUCGGCAUUUGGGCCAGACGACCGUGCGCCCCCGGAGGCCAAAUCCCUACCCACACGCACAUCACUGCGACGACCUGCGUGCCACAGCAGCCGCCGAUCCGUCGUCGUCGCGCGUCUGGGCGGAAUAGAAAAAAAAAACAGUGGACGGGGCCGCCACAAAUCUCGUACGGAGAUUUCCAAUAAAACAUGGUCAAGGACGUCCGGUACUGCUGAAAUCUCAUCCCACAGAAAGCAGCGUUCACCUUGUUGACGUCAUUUUUCACAGGCACCGUCGUCCAGGCGUGGAAAUGCAAAAUUUGAGAACUGUUGGGUCAUGCGAUCCUUACGAGUACAUCAUCCUGAUUGAUUCUGACAUUGUGUAAAGGCAUUAUUAAAAUGUCGUUUUUGAGUGGCCUCAAGAAAGUGCUUCAUUUAGGUAACAAUGAAGCGAAAAAGAAGAAAGUAUUCAAUAACAUCCACAUGGAUUGUGACGUUGACGAUUUUUGGGAAAUGAUUGGUGAACUCGGUGAUGGAGCUUUUGGCAAAGUCUACAAGGCUCAACAUCGAGAAACUGGACAGUUGGCUGCUGCUAAAAUGUGUAUCUUAGAAGGUGAAGAUGAUUUAGCUGAUUUUAUGAUUGAAAUUGAUAUUUUAGCCGAAUGUAAACACUCAAAUAUUGUUCAAUUAUAUGAAGCAUUUUUUGUUAAUUCUAAACUUUGGAUGCUGAUUGAAUAUUGUGAUGGAGGUGCUUUAGAUUCAAUUAUGGUGGAGCUGGAUCGUGCAUUAAUUGAAGAACAAAUAGCUUAUGUUUGCAAGUAUAUGUGUGAAGGAUUAGCAUUUCUUCAUAAAUGUAAAGUUAUACACCGUGAUCUUAAAGCUGGAAAUGUUCUUUUAACAACUAGUGCUGGUGUUAAGAUUGCUGAUUUUGGUGUUUCUGCUAAGAAUAAACAAACAUUACAAAAACAUGAUACUUUUAUUGGAACACCUUAUUGGAUGGCUCCUGAAGUAGUUUUAUGCGAAACUUUUAGGGAUAAUCCUUAUGAUUUUAAAGUAGACAUUUGGUCUUUAGGAAUAACACUUAUAGAAUUAGCACAGAUGGAACCUCCAAACCAUGAAAUGUCUCCUAUGCGUGUAUUACUUAAAAUACAAAAAUCUGAUCCCCCUAAAUUAGAACAACCAUCUAAAUGGUCUAAAAAUUUUAAUGACUUUGUAGCACAUGCUCUUAUAAAAGAUCCAGUUCAAAGGCCAACUGCAGAUGAUCUUCUUAAACACCCAUUUGUCAAUGGAGAUAUAGAUCCAAAACCAAUCCGCGAUUUAUUACUUGAAUACAAGGCAGAGGUGGUCGAAGAAGAAGUUGUCGAUGAAGAGCCUGAGGAAUCACCACAAUCUACACAGUUACCUCCCCUGGACUUGGAUGCAGUCGAAGAUGACACUGUAUCAAUUAAAAGUGAUCCUGAAACUAAAGCAGAUGUAGCUGAAGUGAAACAAAAAAUACAAAAAAAACGAGAGAUGGAUGAAGAAUCAUCAGAUAGUAAAAAAAUCAAAACAGACGAAAAAAUCUUAGAUGUUCGUGAAUCCGAGCCAAUUAUUUCGUCAAAAGAAAUUUCUUCUAAAAAAAAUGUUGUAAAAAAACAUUCGGAAAACAAAGGUCCAGCACCACCACCGCCACCUUUACCAACACCAUCUUCAGUUGUUAAAUUAGUGCCAAAUGAAGAGUCACUGAAUAUACCAAUUGUAUUAAAAGUUCAGGAUACUAAUCAAGAAAAAGAAUCAGUGGUUGAACCUAAAGAACUUGAAGUACCAAAAUCUAAGAGUAAUGAGUAUUCAGAAAUGCACGAUUCUAUUAACAAUAAUUCUGAAACAGAAAAAAAACCUAUUGAUAUUGGCGUAGAGGAAAACCCUUCUGUAUCUAUUCAAUCAAUACAAUUACGUAAACAUGAUAUAUCCAGCUCUCGACCUAUAUCAGUAGCUGCUAGUAAUAAUGGUCCAAUUGUAAAUUCUGUGGAAGACUCUCAAAUAAGAACUAGAAGACGAAGUUCGUCUGCUUCUAAUCGUAAUCAAAGAAGACCUUCCCCACCAUCUUUAGAUAAGGUUUUACAAAUGAAUCAGAAUGUUGAAAAAAAUAAAGGAAAGAUGCCAACUGCUGUUAUGAAUGAAUUGACUGGGAGACUUCAAAACAACCAAGAUGAGACUGAUCGAAUACACAAUAAAGAUAAUAUUGAACAAAAUGAUAAUUUAAUUAAUGGCGGUACUUUGGUGAGGGUAGGAUCUUUGAAUGCAAUUGAUUCAAAGGUUACUGUUGUAACUACCACACAUCCCCCUGUUCUUCAAACACAUCCUCCAGGACUACAUACCCAAGUGAUUAUAGUUGCUGAUACAAACACUAAGUCACAGAUUGAGAAAAAAGAUGAGGUUGUUGUGAUAAAUUCGUCACAAAUUGACGAAGAAGAAUUGGAUGCUAGUCAUGUGUCUGUUAUAACAGUAGGAGAAGAACCUUCUGUUAAAGAAUUAGAUCCAUGGAAUAGUAAAGAAGAGGUUGAAGUUUCUAAACCUAUUUGUGUACCUGUAAAUACAGAUAGCAAUAAAGUGAAAAUGAAUGGACGGGCUACAAUGGUUAAACCCAGUGAUCCAGCAGAAGUAUAUAUUGUCGUUAACAAUUCAACAAAUGUACAUAAAUCGUCUAAACAUUCUGAUGGAAUUGUGGUGAAUAAUAAACACCAUGUUUCCCCAACACGAUCUACAUCUCGUUCACAUUCAGAUAGUGGAUCAGUGUAUAGUAGUGGAGGCCAGCGAACUCCACCUUCAGCUGCCAGUACACGUACAUUUGAUAGAUCAGAUGCGGAGAGUGUUUCAACUACAAUUAGUCAUGAUAGUCGGAGUAGUAAUAAAGAGAAUAAUUUGCCUCCUCGAGAAUAUGAAGAUGAAGUUGUAUUACGUAAAAAACCAGAGUAUAGCAGAGAAAUGAAGAGGACUAGUCGAAAUAUAAGUAAAGAAGAACUAGAAAUAAGAAACAUGAAAAAAAAGACAAGAAAACGAACAAGAAAGUUUGAAGUAGAUGGAGUAGUUGUGACAACAACAACUAGCAAAGUAAUUUAUGGUGAUGAAGAUUCCAGUCAUGGAUACAAUGAUCAGAUAUUUAGAAAACAAGAACUAAGAGAACUAAAAAUGUUGCAAAAACAAGAACAAAAACAGUUUCAAGAUUUAUCAUUUAAGGCAGUGAUAUCUAAAGAGCAACAAGAUAAAAAGUUUGAGCAGGAAAGAAUGACUUUAAUUAAGCAAUAUGAAGCUGAUUUAGAUACAAUGGUUAAACAACAACGUCAAGCUGUCGAGAGAGCUGAAACCCAACAAGAGGCAGAUUUAAGAAUGACUUCUAAAAAAAUUCGUUUAGAACAAGAGCGAGAAUUAAAAGAAUUCCGAGAAGGUCUAAAACAAGAGUUACGACUAUUAAAGCAAGAAGUAGAUUUAAAGCCUAAAGAAAGGCGGAAAAAUUUAUUUAAGGAUAAAAAAGAGAAGUUAGAGACUGAACAUGAGGAGAGAGAAAAAUUAUUCCUUGAGAAACUAAAUGAAAAUCAUGAAAGUUCCUUGAGUAGACUGAGUGAUGCUCAUCAGGAGAAAAUUGCGCUAAUGGAACGUCAAUAUUUACAACAGAAACAACAGUUAAUGCGAGCUAGAGAAGCAGCUUUGUGGGAAAUGGAAGAACGGCAAAUACAUGAAAAACAACAGUUAGCUAAAAGACAGCUUAAAGAUGGUUUUUUCUUGCAGAGGCAUCAAAUGUUAAUAAGACAUGAAAAAGAGUUGGAACAAAUGAAACGUAUGAAUAUACGUAAGGAUGAAGAAAUGCAAAAACGUCAAGGUGUUGAAAAACGAUCUUUGCCUAAACGUAUUCGUUCUGAAAUGAAAGCACGAGAGAUGAUGUUCCGUGAAUCGGUUAGAAUAAGUAUGGCAACUAAUCCAAAUCCAGAUACAGAGUAUGAACGUAACCGGCUUAAGAAAUUUCAAGAAAAUGAAAAAAAAAGAUAUCGUAAUGAGACUCUUGCAUUUGAAAUGAAGCAGCAACGACAGCUUGAAGAGCUCAGAAUUGCAAAUGACACCACUAUUAGGGAGCUUGAACAGCUUCAGAAUGAAAAACGUAAAAUGCUGAUGGAGCAUGAAACAACUAAGUUGAAAGAGCAAGAAGAGUUGUAUGCUCGUGAGUUGAGAGAAUGGAAAGCUCAUCUCAAACCUAGGAAACAGAACCUUGAGAUGGAGUUGGCGAGGCAAGCCAAAGGAAAUUCAUGGAACAGUCGCUAUUCAUUACCUCCAUCCCCUGGCAACACGUUGCUCAGGCGCGAAUAUUCGUUUUCAUCACUUCUCUCUUCUCCUCGGUUAUCCAGUUCUUCUUUUCGUUCUCCUGGUUCAGGAUUUCUCCCUAGGCGAUGUGUCAAUCAAUUUCCUAAUCAUUCGAACCAAUCCACAAUGUAAUAGUCUUGUAUCCCGAAUGAGCUCUAACUAAAAGGUGGCAUUUGAACAAACAUUAUAGUACUAUUCCAAAUGGUGUUUACAUGUCAUCAUUUGGUUAAUGGAAAGUGUGUUCCUAACCUGGUUUAUAUUAUUCCAUAUAUUAAGUAAUUUUUAAUUUAAAAUAGAUUUAUUUUAACAAACAUUGUCCUUUAAAUAUAAAUCAGAAAAUAUUUUUUAUUUAUUUGUGUGGAUUAUGUGUUGUACAUAUGUAAAAUGCUUUAUUUAAAUGUAUUAAUUGUAUAACAUUUGCACAUGCCAUAGAUAUUUAUAUAUAAGUAUACCAAUAUA